UUCACAACAAAAAAAUAACAUAAUCUAUAUAUAAACAUAUACGCUAUCAUAACCACAUCACGCAUUGACCGUUUUAGUGUAAAUGCAACUUUACGUAAUUCGCUGCGCAAAACGAUCGCCGUAUGACAUCAUAAUACCGCGAGAGACUUUAGUGCACACUUCCUCCAUCGUGACUUCUACCAAGUCAUCUGACUCUAGAGCUGACAUAAGUGACUCCAGUUAAAAGAGAUGGAAGCAGCCUUGAACUUCUCACAACAUUGCAACAGAAAGCAGGACGUGAUGCUGAACUGGACACACAGAAACCUUUAGCUGACCGCUCAAUGCUCUGAUCAUGUCGGACACGUCAGAAAUCUCUUUACCCGCGAUCAGGCGGUUGAGCUAUGCAGUUGGACACUUUCUAAACGAUCUCUGCGCCUCUAUGUGGUUCACAUACCUGCUGGUGUUUUAUCAUUCGGUGCUGGGUUUUCAAAACACAUAUGCCGGUGUGUUGUUGUUAGUAGGGCAGAUCGCGGACGGAUUGAGUACACCGCUUAUUGGUUACGAGUCAGACAGGACACCGGGCUGUGGGUCCUAUGGGAAAAGAAAGACAUGGCAUUUAGUGGGAACCAUCAGUGUCGCACUAUCCUUUCCCUUCAUUUUUACCCCGUGUCUGGGCUGUGAUACGACCACCCCACAGUGGGUCAGUCUCACUUACUUCAUCCCAUUUAUUGUAAUAUUCCAAUUUGGUUGGGCUGCCACCCAGAUCUCCCAUUUGUCACUUAUUCCCGAGCUAGUGUCCUGUGAGCAUGAGAAAGUUGAGCUCACGGCAUACAGGUACUCCUUCACAGUGAUAGCCAACAUCACGGUGUAUGCAGUAGCUUGGCUGAUGUUUCAUUUUCAGACACAGAAAGGAGACGAUCCUGCCAUUACAGACAGUCUUGGCCCUAUUGACAUCCCUGUUUUCAGAAAUCUAGGGCUUAUAGUGGUGGGCAUCGGAGCUCUCUUUUCGCUUCUGUUUCACCUGGGCACACAGGAGAAGAAGUCACGCCCCCUUCAGGAAGAGGCUGGGUCUAGUCCUGGGGAGUGCCAGCCCCUUCUCAACCACACCUCUGUGUCCCCACCUACCAACCUACUGCAGUGGAAGCAAUGGCUCAGGCAGCCAUCAUUCUACCAGGUGGCUCUGCUUUACAUGUCCACCAGACUGAUUGUGAAUUUAUCACAAACAUACAUUUCCAUGUAUCUCACCAACACACUACUUCUGCCAAAGAAUUACAUAGCCACGAUUCCCUUGGUUAUGUAUGUGAGUGGCUUUGCUUCCUCAUUUAUCAUGAAACCCCUCAGCAAGCUAAUAGGGAAAUGUAUGACAUAUUUUUUGGGACUGUUGCUGAUUCUGGCAUUCUCCUAUUGGGUGCUGUUAGAUACUCACAUGGGUGACGGUGUGUUCGGCGCAGCAGUUUUGUUAGGGAUGGGAUGUGCCACCAUUCUAGUGAUGUCACUUGCCAUGACGGCUGAACUGAUUGGAGAUCAGACACAAAGUGGGGCGUUUGUUUAUGGAGCUAUGAGUUUCACGGACAAAGUUGCGAAUGGUCUAGGGGUCAUGAUCAUCCAAACACUCCACCCUUGCCACACAAUAGUCUGCUGUCCAGCAUGUGUGUGGUAUUACCACUACGUCAUGGUUAUCGUCACGGGUGGAGUGGGUGUUUUAGCAGCUCUUAGCCUCUGCACGAUUCUCAUCUGGCCUAUCAAGAUUAUUCAACUGAGUAAGCGAGGUCAUAUGAACGGUUCAGUAAACAGCAGUGACUUUAAGGAUCUGCCUGAGGUGACCGGCCUUUUGGGGAGCAACAGAGAAGAUUCAGAGAGUUCUGAACAGCCUUCAGUCAACUGAACCUUAGAGAGACUGAACCUCUAUCAGCCACAGAGAUUCUUCAGUUUGCUUGUGAAUGAUCUUUUCACUCAGGCCAGUAUUUGCUUGUGACAUCUGUGAAAGAGUCACGCAUAAAACACUCAAAUCAAAUCCAAAGGGAGUCGGAAGUUAAAUUAAGUUAAAUUUCCUCAUCAUUCUGCCAUUUCUUAGUGAUCACUUAGUUAAUGACCAGCAGUUUGCACGAAGCAGACACUUUAUAAAGUCAUUCAUUUUAUGAUGCACUGUUAUAUUUUUCCUGUUUAUCUAUUCAAAUCUAUUUUAUUAAUGAUUACAUUGUGAAAAGACUAAAUGUUAUCACAGAAGUUAGUUCAGCAAAACGCUUAAGUUCUGAUGUUUGUUUUGUUUCAUGUUAUAAUUAAAAGGAAUCAAUUGAAUACAUGCUCUGUUUUGUAAGGGCAUUCUGAAAAGGGCAAGAGUAAUAAGGGACAUGAAGCCAUGUUUAGCUAUUUCAGAGCAUUAUCCUUGCCCUUUUAGGUUCUUGCUGUGAAAGGGACCAGUGAAUCAGCAAUUUCCUUGCAACCACUAACCAUGGUUUGCAUUCAGAUGCAUUUUUCAAUGCAUUAAUUAUGUUGGACAUUCUUUCUGUUCAUAUACUUUCUGAGCAGAAUAAAUGUUCUCUAUGAACAGUAUUUUGACUUGACACAUUGUAACCUGGUAUUUAUAACUUGUAUAACUCAUUAACAUGUUAUAACCCAUUGGCAGGAAUGCAUUGUCACUGUGAGUUGUUGAACAAAUGGUCAUAUGAUCUUGUGUGAUGCUCGUGACUCAAUGCCGUUAAAUUCAGAAGCUGUAUAAGCUGUCACACGUAUAACUGAUAUGUAGUGAAUUAUAGUCCAAACCUUGAUUAUAAUCAGGACUUUUUAAGGGACAAUUAUUGUGUUUUUAUAGUUGUGCAAAAGAGAUUUUAUAAAUAAACUUUUCUAAACGA